UGUAUAAAUUCGCCUUGGUGGUGUUGAUGGCGAAGCUAUAGUACGUCACACAAAAUAUAAGUGAUAAGUAGCAUUUUGUACAAACAUUUGAGGGUGGUGAAUGAUUAUUAUUUUACACCAAAUUGCUUAAAUACCAUUAGCAACUACUUUGUGAGAGUGAUCAAUUCAUGUAAAGAAAGCCUCCCCCAAGAUCCUCACCAAGUUUCAUGACGAAAUUCCUUAUACCCCGCUGAAAUCUCGAUUGGUUCCGUUUUGGAAAGCCAACCCUUGCAACAAGUUAAUUACCCUGAUUUGUUUAUAGUGAGAAAAAAUGUCGAAACUUUUGCAACGCGUGGAAACUACGCUGCGCAGUUUUUAUAUUUUCAAUUCGAAAUUUGGUCAAAAAGAGGGUGAGGAGUUCAAAAAGAUAUUGUACUAUAGCCCGCAAGACAUAGAACUAAACACAAAAAUCAAAGAUGUUGGUCUCAGCGAAGCAAUUAUACAAUUUACAAGCACGUUUGUUGGCGAAGACGACUGCAAAGCGCUGCACACUCAGAAAACAACUCAACUCUUUUAUCAGCCCGAAAUUGGCUACUGGAUUGUAAUGGUACUUAAUGUGCCGAGGGAAAUUAAAAGUAAAGAUGGAAUCGAAGUCCCUGAAUAUCGUGGGGCUGAGGUUCAAGAUGGAAUAUAUCGAGUUAUUUUACGGCAGACCUAUAAUAUGUAUCGACUUAGCCAAGGAACAUUUCAUUCCAGUAUGAUAGUUAAUGGAAAGGAAGAUGAUUGUUGCCGUGAGCAAUUGCAAGGGAGGCUAUCCACAUUUUUCGAUGACUAUUUACAAUCGAUGAGGAUUCCCGUCCUAGAUGUAUUGGCCUUUACGCACUCAAUACAAUAUUUACCACUUGGACAAGCACUAUUUCUUCGUGCUCAUAAUUUUAUUAAUAUGGUUCGCGCCACAUUUUCUGUUAUACAAGAUACUAUUUUACUUUAUGAUGAGCGUAUUAUUUGCGGUGGCCAAAUUGGACCGACUGAAUUGUGUAGUUUGCAUAAGUUUGUGGUCGAUUCCUUUUUCAAAAAAUUUGAGUAUUCAACGCGAAACACACACAAUGGAAGUCCAAUCGUGGAAAAAUACCAUAGUGGGGCUUUUGUUACUGGGCUACAGAGUGUAGAGAAUUCAACUGACUUACCUAAAGUUUACCUUGAAUUGACCGGGUCGCUUCAUUGCUAUUACCUGAUCAUUUUUAGAAUCCUAAAUGCUACAUUGUGCCUCCUGAUAAAUGCCGAGGAGAGCCCACCGAACAAUGAUUUCUACAAAGAAUUACAUUCAUAUAUGGGCCCACAGUUAUCGAGUAUUGUGAAAGAUAUUGAGGAAACUUUCUGUAAAGAACAAAGUCUACGUAAGGCAACCACUUCCGCUUCACUUUCCACUUUGACUUCUGCAACUAUCGCAGACGACUGUUCGGUUCCGAAAUAUCUGUUUGUCAACGAGCAAAGCUUAAAACACCUUACGAACAUACCUCACGAUCAUGGACAAAUAAGCAAAUCGCCGCAGUGCAUUCCGGCCAAUGUUAUCAAUCUUAUAGCAGAUCUCAUUCCCUGUAAAGAAUCUUAUUCACCCUUGAAGGAAGUGCAAAUUAAAACUACAAGUGAUUUUUGGAUUGUGCAGCGAUGCUGGAACUCGCGGCAGUGCUAUGUGAUAAUACACAACAGUAAAGCAACAUUGUUGGAUAUAACACAAGAAGCAAGACGAGUAUUUGAUAAAGAAUUCACAGAUGAUGUAUUUUUUGACAAAUAAAAAGUAUAAUCAAAUAAAUGAAAGGCGUUUUCCAGUUAAAUCGGCGUACUUGGCCAUGGUAAGAUCUCAUCUGUUGCGUAGAUCGAUUUCGGUGGCAAAGAAUACAGCAUGGUGAAU